AUUGCGUCCUCUCCCACCCUUCUGCAUCGCCAAUGAACGCCACACUCGAUGGGAUCGAAGGCAAUCGAAAGCAACAACUCGACGUUGUCCGCGCUAGCUGAAGGAUAAAUACGACUGGAUUUCACCAUGAGGCUGUCAUGUUGCUCCAUUGCCUUGCUGCUCUUCAUCUUCCUUCCCCGAGCCUGUCAGGGAGGGAACAUCCUGGUUUUUCCAGCCGAGGGCAGCCACUGGGUGAACAUGGAGAUCCUCAUGCGAGGGUUGCACUCGCAGGGGCACAACCUGACGAUCGUACGCCCCAGCAAGACGUGGUACGUUAAGGACGAUGCCACCUACUACAACACCAUCAGCGUGCCUGUGGAAAGGAGCUUGGACAAAGACUUUAUCAGCGGCCUGAUUAAUGAGGUCAUGGAGUAUGAAAGGGGCUCACUGCCCCUGGUGUCGUUUCUCUACAUGAGUGUGGGAAUGAUCGGGACAUUCUUGGAAGCUCACAAGACUGUGGGUGAAUUCACCACGGCGAUUCUCGACAACCAAGACUUAAUGAGGAGACUGAACGACAGCAAGUUCGACCUGAUGCUCACUGACCCCUGCUGGGGUAGUGGCAUCAUUGUGGCCAAAUAUUUGAACCUCCCUGUAGUGUACAACGUCCGCUGGAUCAUCGCCACUGAGGGCCACAUGGCCAUCGCGCCAACGCCGCUUUCUUACAUUCCCAUCACAGGAACUGGUAAUAGCAACAAAAUGACAUUUUUUCAAAGAGUCAAAAACAUGAUUGUGUUUCUAAUCGGCUAUGUGCAACAUAACCUGGUCGUCAAGAAGACAUACCAGAAAAUAUGCGACAAAUAUCUCGGUCCUGAUAGCGACAUGCAUCAUCUACUUCUUUCCGCUGACCUUUGGCUCAUGAGGGUGGACUUUGUCUUUGAGUUUCCUCGCCCCACCAUGCCCAACAUCAUCUACAUAGGAGGCUUCCAAUGUAAACCUGCCAAGCCUCUACCCAGCCACCUGCAGGAUUUUGUCCAGAGUUCUGGAGAGUACGGAGUCAUCCUCAUGUCUCUAGGAACAUUUGUGAGCGAACUCCCCACUGACUUGGCCGACAUGAUUGCGGCAGCUUUCGCUAAGCUCCCCCAGAAGGUCAUUUGGAGGUAUAACGGUGCUAAACCUUCCACACUGGGCAACAACACUCUCCUGCUGAACUGGGUGCCGCAGAACGACCUGCUCGGGCAUCCCAAGAUGAAACUCUUCGUGGCUCACGGUGGGACAAACGGCGUUCAGGAAGCUAUUUACCACGGAGUUCCUGUGGUGGGAAUACCCAUGUUUUUCGAUCAGCAUGACAACCUGCUGCGUCUCACAGAGAGAGGAGCAGCUGUGGUAGUCACGUUAGCCGCAGUGGACAAAGACGACAACUUCCUGAAGGCCCUACAGGAAGUUCUUACCAAUCCAACCUACCGGAACAACAUGCAGAGGCUUUCCAGGCUGCACAAAGAUCAGCCCAUCCCGCCUCUUGACAACGCCCUCUUCUGGAUUGAGUUUGUCAUACGGCACAAAGGCGCGGCACACCUGAAGACUGAGUCCUACAAGAUGCCCUGGUAUGCCUACUACUCUGUGGACGUGUAUCUGUUCCUGGCUGGAGCUUUGCUGGCUCUGAUUUUAAUAGUUUUUGUCAUAAUCAAAUGCUUGUGCUCUGCUUUAUGUCGGAUUAAAGUCAAGCGUGAGUAGAUAAAUCACAUUGUUUUAAACAUGCAUAGGGAACCGUUGCCUAUUCGCAAGUCACUAUUCACAAACUCACUCGUGAUUUUUUUUCUUCUGAUGAACCCAAUGAUCAACUUUUUGCUGAAAAACUCAUCUACUCAUCUAUUUCUGUAACGUAACAAGAUGCCACCCAAAAUCGCCCCACUUCUUCUAAGGCACCAGGUUAGCUAGUGUUGGCCACCAGCUGAUACUCGGCCAACUGGGAAGCGAAAAGCAGCGUGAUGACAGAUUAAAUUAGACGUCUGAAAGGCAGGCUAGGCUCCAUGUGGUUGUGGGGUGGUAAACUUCUCAAGAUAAUACAGAGAACGGUCCGGAUUGCUAUUGGCAGUAGGGGAAAUUAACAGAAGAUCAGCUGGUAACACCUAGCCACUCAACAGUACACUAAAUAUUGUACUGUAGGACCAAACUAAAGAUAUUUUGCGACAUGUAAUGAUAAUAAUAAUAAUAGGGUGGAUGACUGGUUAGCACGUCUGCCUCACAGUUCGAGGACCCGGGUUCAAAUCUGUUCUCCCCUAUGUGGAGUUUGCAUGUUCUCCCCGUGCCUGUGGGUUUUCUCCGGGUACUCCAGUUCCCUCCCACAUUCCCAAAACAUGCAUGGUAGGUUAAUUGAAGACUCUAGAUUGCCCGAAGGUGUUCAUUUGAGUGCAAAUGGUUGUUUGGCUAUAUGUGCCCUGCGACUGGGCGGCAACCAGUUCAGGGUGUAUCCCGCCUCUAGCCCAGAGUCAACUGAGAUAGGCGCCAGCACGCCCACGACCCUAGCAUAAGCAGUACAGAAAACGGAUGGAUGGAUAAUAUUAAUCCAUCGAUCCAUUUUCUUUAACCACUUCUCCACACUAGGGCGUGCUGGAGCCUAUCCCAGUUUUCUUCGGGCGAGAGGUGGGGUACACCCUGAACUGGUCGCCAGCCAACUGCAGGGCACAUAUAAACAACCGUGCUGUUGAUAAUAUUAAUCCAUCCAUCCAUUUUCUGAGCCGCUUCUCCUCACUAGGGUCGCGGGCGUGCUGGAGCCUAUCCCAGCUGUCAUCGGGCAGGAGGCAGGGUACACCCUGAACUGGUUGCCAGCCAAUCGCAGGGCACAUAGAAACCAACAACCAACAUUCACACCUACGGGCAAUUUAGAGGUGUCAAUUAACCUACCAUGUCAUGCCUACGGGCAAUUUAGAGUCUCCAAUUAAUGGAUAAUAUUAAUAAUAAUAAUAAUUAAUGUCCUCUGUCAUCUUGUUCUAUUGGUUCGUUUUUGCAUGUCCUCUUCGGGUGCACCCCCCAUCCACAAAUAAGAACAUGAUUUGACUGUUGUAACAUUACUUCUGCUCAAAUAUCUUAGACUAACUAUUGUUCUGCUGUGGUUCACACCCCUAUUCCCCUUGUCCGUUCUGUCCCUCUGUCUGUCUCCUAAAAUCCUUUUAUGUUCAGCUGCAUUUUUAAACAUCGGCAUAAUUUAAACAAAUUAAAAAGUAAGCAGAGGGAGUAUUUCCAACUCCCCUGUUGCACUGCGAAACUGUUCCAGCACAAAAGACAGAUCCAGCAUUCUGCAUGGCCAUGCAGCAGAAUAGGACAGGUUUUCAUAAUCCAUCCAUCCAUUUUCUGAACCGCUUCUCCUCACUAGGGUCGCGGGCGUGCUGGAGCCUAUGCCAGCUAUCAUCGGGCAGGAGGCGGGGUACACCCUGAACUGGUUGCCAGCCAAUCGCAGGGCACAUAGAAACAAACAACCAUUCGCACUCACAUUCACACCUACGGGCAAUUUAGAGGUGUCAAUUAACCUACCAUGCAUGUUUUGGGGAUGUGGGAGGAAACUGGAGUGCGCGGAGAAAACCCACGCAGGCACGGGGAGAACAUGCAAACUCCACACAGGCGGGGCCGGGGAUUGAACCCCGGUCCUCAGAACUGUGAGGCAGACACUCUAACCAGUCUUCCACCGUGCCACGGUUUUCAUAAUAAUAAUAAUAAUAACAAUAAUAAUAGUAAUAAUUAAUUGCAUUUAUAGGACACUUUACAUCAAACAAAUGAUCUCAAAGUGCAGUACAUCUAUGAGGAGGUAGGCAACAUUUAAACUAGACUUUACACCGAUCUGUUCGGCCUGAUCGGUAUCAGCCAAGACAAAUUUGCUGUUUCACGAUUGCAGACUACUGCAAUAAAAUCUUGUAUUCCGAUACCACCGCAUCCCGUCUUUCACAAUCACUGGGCUUUAUCUUGUCAACUCAAACCCGACCGGAUGAACUUGUUAACAUGGCGACGACAACAAUAAUGGAUCACAUCGUGUGUAUUAUAAGAACAAUAUGGGGGAAAAGGUGUGGUGGUGGUCACCGGUGCUUGGGAGAUUACGUUCAUUUAAUGCUUGCUUGAGGUAUGUUCAUGUACUUUUAAUGUGAUUUGGCUCGCAAGCAGACAACAAAACGUUAUGUAGCCUAGCAAGCUAGUGCUAGCACUAACGGUUGUACCGGCGUUAUGUCGAAUCAGGCUCUGAAGUUUCAGUGUGUGUGAAGCUUUUUUCUUAGAAUAAAGUAAUUCAACUUCAGUAUAUCAGUUGUACUGUUGGUUUGACCUAACUGAUUAGCAUACAUGACCUGACAAGAGCAGUGAUUUCCAACCUUUAUGGAGCGAAGGCAACCAUUUCAGUGUGUACCCCGCCUCCUGCCCGAUGAUAGCUGGCAUAGGCUCCAGUACUCCCGCGACCCUAGUGAGGAUAAGCGGCUCAGAAAAUGGAUGGAUGGAUGGAUGUUUUGUGGUAAUAGCUUGUGGCUUAUUUAGGGUUUAAACUAUUAUCAUCAAAAAUUGUGGGGGGGGGGGAGGGGUGCACAUUUUUGCUAGUCAUGUCGUGGCUUUGUUCCUAAUACUCAUGUAUAGGAUAAGUUAACUGUACUGUAAAAAUACUGUUUCCUCAAAUAGUGUCCGCCUCUCUAAAAUUAGACGCAUUGCCUGUACCCCAAUUAGUCGCCAGGUGCUUAAUUCGCUUAAUGCACAUAAAUGCCUCCCUUAAAUAGAGGCCUCCUUACUAAAACUGGAAUUGCCUCUGUUCAUAGGAGAUAUUGUUCACACAUGGACAUGAACAACUGAGCCCAUUUGAACAUCACUAAACAAAAGAGCAACACCUCCCGAGGCUCGUAAACAGUCUCUCAGAUUAAUUUGAGUGCGGACACUUACUGCAUGUUGUAAACGGUUUUCCUGCACAGUAUUAAAGAUGAUCUUACCUUAUGUGGCGAUGUUGUCAAUUAACGUUUCCAUAGAUUGCGACGUGGUUGCUCCACAUUGUUGCGCACAUCCAUGUUUGUCCACCCUGUCUGCCUUGGUUAUUUCUGUAUAUCCUCCAUAUGAAUAGUCCUUUGUCUCAAAGUACACUUUUGCUUGACAUGAAUUGUAACGUACCAGUAAAGUUGUUUACUAUUGUUUUUGGGAACCUCAUUUCGGAACCUCUUAAAUGCCUCAGCCCACUCCUGCAGCUAAGGAAAUAAAUGCAAUUAGCCACUAUUUGCGGAAUUAAGUAUUUGAUUUUGACUUUCUUGUUAGCAUUCUGACCACUAAUCUGCCUGCAGAGAACACUGUACAAAUCAAACCACUAAAUAGAUGUGAGAUGCAAUUCAUUGUAUGUUUGUCUGGUUUGCACAUUGUGGUUAAGAAAGUGGAUAGUUAAUUGAUUAAUUAAAUACAUAGCCUCUGAGUUAUUCAAAUUUAAAAUCCCUUGGGAAAUAAUGUAAAUGAAGUAAUACGAGUCAAACUGUUGACAUACUGAUAAAAUGUGGUUAAUCACAAUUGUAAGUAUUAACUGUAUAAUGUUUUAAGUCAAAUUUUAACAUUUGCAACUGUCAUACAAGUAUAAAAAGUUAACUUUUAAUAAAAUAAAAUGUACAAAUAAAUUGUGUGUUCACUUCACUUUGAGCGGCUCGGUCCAAACGCAUCCGCCUCACAGUUCUGAAGGUGGGAGUUUGAAUCCGGGCUCUGGCCCGUUUAGAGAUUGCAUGUUCUCCCUGUACUUGUGUGGGUUUUCUCUGGGUACGCCGGUUUCCUCUCACAUUCCAAAAACAUUCAUGUCUUGGAAUUGACUGGCUACCAGUCCAGGGUAUACGCUGCCUUUCACUCAAAGUCAGCUGGGAUACGCACACCUGCGACCCUAGUGAAGCGAAGUGGUCCGUCGAUCAUAAGGAACUUGCUUGGGAGGUGAGUCCCUCCCUGUGCACCUGUGGUUCUUUUAUUAUUUAUGUCAACUAAUUGUUGUGACGACAGAGAGUCCCCAGUGGGGGUUUUAAGUUUGGGACGGGUGGUGACUUCUUCCCGACUUGUCCUUGCGUGGUGGAGAGUAAGUGAAAUGCUGUGAUUAUCUUUUUAGCCUCCUCCAAUUGGCAGAUUUAUUGUGCAUCCACAUCAACGCUCACGCUCUUUGAUUUAGCGAGGUGACAUUGUCACAUCACGAAUGGCAACAGGACAUCUUGUACCGUAAUAGAUGAAGUAAGGGUACACUCAUAUACUGUAUUAGUACUUAACAGGGGGUAACCCGUCUCCUGCUCCGCAAAAAAAUAAAAACAUUAGAAUUAAAACUAUCUGUGUGGCCUGGUACCAUGACUUUGAACUUUUACCCUGUAUUGCAUUGUUUUAAAAUUUGUCGAAAAAAACAUUGAAAAAAGCAAUUUGUCUGUCUUUGUUAGCUGUUUGUGAAAUGUUGUGCUUGCAUGCUACAUUCGAUCAAAUCCUGUGCAUCUCCUAGGGGCUAAGCACCUUUUUUGGGAAUGAUGCAACAAGUUUUUCACACCUGGAUUUGGGGAUCAUCUGCCAUUCCUCCUUGCAGAUUUACUAAUAUCCAUCCAUCCAUUUUCUGAGUCGCUUCUCCUCACUAGGGUCGCGGGCGUGCUGGAGCCUAUCCCAGCUGUCAUCGGGCAGGAGGCGGGGUACACCCUGAACUGGUUGCCAGCCAAUCGCAAGGCACAUACAAACAAACAACCAUUCGCACUCACAGUCACAGUCAUGCCUACGGGCAAUUUAGAGUCUCCAAUUAAUGCAUGUUUUUGGGAUGUGGGAGGAAACCGGAGUGCCCGGAGAAAACCCACGCAGGCACGGGGAGAACAUGCAAACUCCACACAGGCGGGGCCGGGGAUUGAACCCGGAUCCUCAGAACUGUGAGGCUGACGCUCUAACCAGUCGGCCACCGUGCCGCCGAUUUACUAAUAAAUCAGCAAAAAUUUCAACAAUUAAAUUUUUUUUCUGUCAAUAUGGUUCAAUUACAGCAUGGUGGGCGACUGGUUAGCACCUCUGCCUCACAGUUCUGAGGACCGAGGUUCAAAUCCCGGCCCCGCCUGUAUGGAGUUUCCCAUGUUCUCCCCAUGCUUGCUUGGGGUUUCUACGGCCUCUCCGGUUUCCUCCCAAAUCCCAAAAACAUGCAUUAAUUGAGGACUCUAAAUUGCCUCUAGGUGUGAAUGUGAGUGAGAAUGGUUGUUUGUUUCUAUGUGCCCUCCAAUUGGCAAUUGUCGAUGCUGUGGAGUCAGAACAGCGCACACACGCUGAACUAAAAAAGAAGAUUAAGGUGGAUGUGAAGCGGAGGAUAGCUGCCCACCGCCAAAGGGUGGCUAAAACAGGCGGAAGAACCGGCGCAGAAGGCCUCACUCCGUUCGAGGAGAGAAUCGCUGCAAUCAUGGGUGAUGCUGCUCUCUCAGGGGUGGUGGGAGAACGUGUUUGACUGAUCAUGCCACAAGGUUAACACCAUGUAUUUUUAUAACUCACAACAAAUGUGUUCAUACAGUAACCUACACUCAGCCCUGUGAGAUAAAGGUCAUGCGUAAAUGUUGUAUGUGUGGUAUUUGUAAUCAAUCUUUUGAAUUCAAAUAGAAGCACAUCAGCAUAUCAAAGAGGAUAUCACAAACUUUUAGUCCUUUUUGAUGACUCAAUUUAUUAUUUUAAUACACAGUAGAGGACACGCACACUGAAAAUAAAAAUAAAAAAAAUUUUUAGGAGAAGAUUACCCCUCUUCUCAUGUCAUUUUCAACACAUUUUAAUCAUGUGAAACCGAUGUACAUGUUCAAAUUAAGUAAAUUCAAAGGACUCUUUUUUUCAGUGCAUGUGCUGGAGUCACAAGAAGCGAUUGUGAGGGCAAUAUGCGGCAUAAAUGAUCGCCUUGAUCAAUUAAUAGGAGUCCUCACAAAUAUCAGUGAUUUAUUAAAUACAUUAACAAAUGAA